AUGCCGUUGUUGAAGCACAUCGGACAAAUCGUCCUAUGGGCUAUGCCAACGGUCGUAACAUACUUUAUGGUGUGCUAUUCGCCAACACUAACUUCGAAGCUGAUAGGAACAGCUGUUACGGAUUUUUUGACAAAUAUUUGUUAUGGAAUUCUAUUUUCCUGGAAGUUUAUUGAUUACGACUCAUGGUUUAUAGGAUUCAUACUCGUUUUAUUAGUUAUUAUAUACAUUAUCAAAGCUCAUCAAGCAAAUUUAUUUUUAAUUCAGUUAAUCGAUUCACCCACAAAGAAAGAUUUUCGUAAAACCAUCCUACAAUACGUAGGGAACGCUCCACAAAUCACAAUAUCCGCUCAAUACACUCAAUCAGCGAAUUCAUCAGCUCAAAACUCCCGUUUACCAUCGCCAAUCAAUUUUGAUUAUAGUACAUGGCAGGAUGUAACACCAUAUCCGGUGAUCUGCAAUUCAGAUAAUUUAAGAGUUACAACAACUCCAAAUAUUUAUUUGACCAAUAGCGCUAAAUCUGCUCUCGACUCGAAGAUUUCGGAGCUACAAGCAAAUGCAAAGCCACACACAAGAUAUAAAGCUUCAAUUUCUUGUCCUGAUUGCGUCGAUUAUUUCACAUCGGAUACAUCAGGUCAUACAAGUACUCUAAUUGUUGUUCUUCGAUCGAAAUUCAUGAUAGGACUGUACUACGUGUCAUUUUUUAUCGGAUACAGACUUUGGUACGAAUGUCUUUUCUUUUCUGAGACAAAGGACAUGAAAGUACAACUUUUCAAGUGCAUCGGAACAGAUAGUGAUAAUCUCCGUGCUAGAUGCAACGAAAUUGACAGAUCUGCUCAAAAAUGUUUCCAAUUGUACUACACAAACUCAAACAGGAAUCCAUACUAA